AAACAGACAUGAAUGCAUUUUGAAUCUCAACAUUGGGAACCUAAACAGCUUACACAACGGCCAUUGCAAAAUUGGAAAUAAGAACAAAAAGGUGGAAAGGCACGUGUUUAUCACGACAACUAAAACUUUGUUCGCAUGUGAGGAACCCCACGUGAGUGAAGGGCGUUACGUAAAACAGGUGUUUGGCCAAUCAGCGGCAACCACUGCAACCGGAUGUUGUAUGAGUAUCCACAACACGAGACACAUUGGUGCAACCAUUAGCAGUCGAAAGUAGAGGAAACGUCGCUGAUUCUUUGUUAAUGUCCUUGUGUUUUUGAGAUGAAACACAACUCGAACGUCCCAGGUUUCCUCACCAAGCUGUGGACGCUGGUGGAAGAUGCGGACACCAAUGAACUUAUCUGUUGGAGUCAGGAGGGCAAUAGUUUCCUGGUGCUGGAUGAGCAGCGCUUUGCCAAGGAGAUUCUCCCCAAGUUCUUCAAGCACAACAACAUGGCCAGCUUCAUCAGGCAGCUCAACAUGUAUGGAUUCCGUAAAGUGAUGCACCCUGACCAAGGCGUUGUCAAGCAGGAGAGAGAUGGCCCUGUGGAGUUUCAGCAUGCUUUUUUCCAACAAGGACAGGAUGACCUGCUGGAGAACAUCAAGAGGAAGGUCUCUAACACUCGGCCCGAGGAGAAUAAGAUCCGACAAGGAGACCUGUCGAAGAUCUUGGCUACUGUUCAGAGUGUUCACAGCAAGCAGGAGAACAUUGAUGUCAGGCUGGCAGCACUGAAGAGGGAGAAUGAAGCGCUGUGGACAGAGAUCUCUGAUUUGAGACAGAAGCAUGCCCACCAGCAACAACUUAUCAAGAAGCUGAUACAUUUCAUCGUCACGUUGGUACAGAACAACCACAUCUUGAAUUUGAAACGCAAAAGGCCAAUUCUCAUGAACAGCAACGGAAAGAAGCCCAAAUAUAUUCAUGAGAUCUAUGAUGACAGCGUGUGUGUGGAGCAGUCACCUGUCAGCAGCCUGAAUAGUGUGAAAGACGAUGUCAUCAUCUGUGACCUGACAGAGAACGAAGCCGAGGUCACAGACUGGUCCCCCAGAACCAACGAGCCUGGGGAUGUGGAAAUAGUGGAAGUGGAUGUGGACCCCUGCCCCAUGCUGGCUGUUGAGGCAGAGGAUAACACGUCCACAGAAGAGGCUGAGCAAGCGGAGGAGCCGAGAAACAGCAUGUUGGACAGCAGCAGAGCAACCAGCAGCGCCCUUCAGCUCAAUAAACCUUCAGGCCUGUGCCUAGAAGACCCCGUCAAGAUGAUGGACUCCAUAUUGAAGGAGAAUGGCGCUAUUUCACAGAACAUCAACCUGCUGGGCAAGAUGGAGCUGAUGGACUAUCUGGACAGCAUUGACUGCAGUCUGGAGGAUUUUCAGGCCAUGCUUUAUGGGAAGCAAUUGGGCGUCGAUAUUGAUACCUUAGAGGAGAGCGUGGCGUCAAAAGAAAGCCUAGCACAACUAAACCGCUGCAGGCAGCUGGAAGACAACACAGACAAGCAGUUAAUCCAGUACACCUCCUGCCCCCUGCUGGCCUUCCUGGAUGGCUGCAUUAGCCCUGCAGAGGUGGACCUGGGCGGGGGGAGUGGCACACAGCUGCUUCCCUCCACCUCCACCGCCUCCAUUGGAUCGGAACCCCCCUCGGACCUGCUGGACGGCGGCGUGGAAUGCAAGCAGCUCGGUCGCAGCUCCCUUAUCCGCCUGGAACCUCUGACGGAGGCGGAGGCCAGCGAAGAGACCCUUUUCUACCUGUGUGAACUCAGCCCCAACCCACCUGGAAGCCACUCGCCAAAGCUGGACGCCAUGUGAGCAGGGAACCUCUCGUAUUUUCCCUCCUGCUGCACUUUGUCUUUUAUCAAAAUACGCUGCAUUUUGAAGAAAACCUUGCAUCGCUUCUUGACACAUCAUCGCAACACAACAGUACAAUUCACACUAAGUACUUCCAUACAUACCCCUCGGAGGAAUUGGAGUUGCAACUCAUUGCGGUUUAUAAAGGGAAACAUGUCCUGCCAUGUGUGCUUUUAUUUAUUUCUUUUUAUUUCACCUUGUUUUUGAUGUGGAUGCUGUUUGUGGCUCUGCUGUGUUUUGUCAAAUACAAAUUGUAGUAAGGCGAGUAAAGAAAGGAGACACUCGUCCUAAAGAGACUGUAAAUACUUCUGGACUCGACUCAGUAUUUAUUCUUUCAUGUGUUGCUUUUUCAUUGUCCUUCGUCCACAUGAAUAUUUGUCAUUAGCAACAUUCCUGAUGGUCCUGAUCAGCUGUCUGCUUGCUAACGUUGACGUCUGGGAUAAAGCUGACCUAAUAUAUAUAAAUAUAUAAAUAGAAAUAAAUAACACACACACUGUAUUUCUUUUCUUCAUCGCAAAGAUGGUUUCGUUUUGUUCUUGCAAAAUUAAUUUCUUUUCUAGCGUUGAUCCGGUUGUGUUGUAAAGUGAGUGUACAUUACAUUUAUAUGCAAAAUGUACAUUCAAUAAAUAGUGACUACUGCUUGUGUUGGCAUC